ACGUUGGUUUAGCUCCCCUGCCCAACCCCUUUGAAAUGGUCUUUAAUGGGUACCAGAUUUUUCACCCAGUAAUCUAAUCUCUUGCCAGCAGUUUCUCAAGGUAUCCUACAGUUUGCGCUGAAAGGCAUCCUCACCUUUAAGGAGAGCGAGGAGUGUGUGGGGUGUGUAGAACGGAGCUGCACGAUCCUUCGGCUCUAAAAUGUUUGUGAGUUUGUGAUUGUGGUCAGCGCUGCACACUGGAAAGAGCCAUAUUCAAUAUAACCUAACACAAGCCACGGGUGCAUCUUCCAGCGCAACACGAAAUAUUACGAAUACGUGGAAAUUUAACUUUCUCUAUCCAGAUUUUAUCAAACAGUGUGGGCAAAUAACGGAACAAUGGGAUUCUAACGGGAACAUUUUACGGUCGUGCGCAGUCCUCAAAUUCUGAAUUUGGAUGAUCGGAACUUUUUUGUGCGAGCGUUUAGUUUGCUGUUCUCCCAGCAACUGAUUCAAACCUGCUCGUUUGGACUGAAUUUUGAGAUGAACAAAAAGUGACAUAGCGACUCUCAUCUCUUCUGCACUCCUAACAGAUUUAUACAACGCCAUGAAAGACGAUUUUGCCGACGAGGAGGAAGUACAGUCUUUUGGAUACAAACGGUUCGGUAUCCAGGAGGGUACCCAGUGUACUAAGUGUAAGAAUGAGUGGGCACUGAAGACCUCCAUAGCACUGCUCUACGUGCUGUGCACUCUACUCACCAUUGCUGUUGCUGUCCUCGGGUAUAAAGUGGUGCAAAAGGUUGACAAUGUGUCCGAAGGUAUCGAGAGCUAUGGGGGGAAGAUCAUUGCUGUGGAAACAGACUUGAAAAAGCUAGAUGACCAGACUGGCGAGAAGUCGGAGAACACCACCACAGAAAUCCAGGCCUUUAAGAACAACAUCUGGGCUCUGCAGAGGCAGCUGUCCGAGGUGGCUGAAAGGAGCAGUAGUAACCGGGCAGCCCUGGGUCGUCUGCAGGAUGCUGGCCAGGACAUGCAAGGCAGCCAGGGCUCCUUCCAGGGUCUGCUGGAUGCCAACACAGCCAUGCUGAGGUCCGUCAACGGCACCUUGCGGGCCUACGGCGGCACCAUGGAGGGUCUUCAGGACGACACGGCUCGGCUGCAGACGGAGCUCCAGGAGCAGGUUCGGCAGCAGGGCCAGGCCCUGUUCAGCAUCGGGAAUCUCAACCUCACCCAGGCCCAACAAAGGGGCCUGAUCUUGGCUUUGCAGAGGUCAGUGGACGACACCAGCCAGGCAAUCCAGAAGAUCCGCAAUGACUUCCAGAGCAUAGAGCAGACGGCCAGGCAGACUAAGUCGGACGCUGAUUGGCUGCGGGAGAAGGUCCAGAACCUCCAGGUGCUGGCCUCCAACGCCUCUGUCCUGGCCAAGGCCAACAACGACAUUCUGGAGGAUGUGGGUUCUCAGCUGACCUCGCUGUCCGGACAGCUGCAGAACACCUCCAGCCUGGCGGAGAACCACGACCAGACCCUCAGGGAGAUCAUGGACCAGCAGAGGGACCAUGACAACCUCACCUCCUCCAAGUUCGACCAGCUGGAGAUACGCCUGGACGAGUCGGAGGGGAGCAUCGACCGUGUCACGGGCAACAUCAGCUUUACAACCCAACUCCUGGGCGCCAUCAAUCUCAACCUCAACGAGCUGCGCACCUGUGCUGAAACGGUAGGACGCCACUCCGACUACCUGGCUGACCUGAACUUCACGGUUUUGGACGUGAGGUCGGACACCACCACACUAAGGUUGCAGCAGGACGACCUGGCGGCCCGCCUCGACAAAGAGGUCACCAGCCUCUCCAUAGUCAUGGAGGAGAUGAAACUGGUGGACAGCAAGCACUCACAGCUAAUCACCAACUUCACCAUUCUCCAGGGUCCACCUGGUCCCAGAGGCCCGCGGGGAGACAAAGGACCCCAGGGAGUGGCAGGUCAGGCUGGUCAGAAGGGGGAAAAAGGGGAUAAAGGUGGGCCUGGGGUGCAGGGGCUCCGUGGAGAGAAGGGAUCUCCAGGACCACUGGGACUAACAGGUUCCAGAGGUCAACAAGGCUCACGGGGCAACCCAGGUUCAAAGGGCUCCCGAGGGUCAGGCGGCAGGGCAGGACCUCCGGGUGCGAAGGGUGAGCCAGGAACGGCUGGGCUCCUUGGGAGAGAUGGACAGCCCGGUCCUCAGGGGCCCCAGGGCCCGCCGGGAGACCUAGGACAGGUGGGGCCGGCUGGGGUACAGGGACCCAGGGGAGUGAUGGGGCCUGUGGGGGCCCCAGGGCCACCUGGACUACCAGGACAUCCUGCCCGACCUGCAGCCAUAGCAGCAGUGCCUUUGGCCUCUGUCUCUCUGAAGAGUGACUCCCCCGCCCCUACAGUGUUGGCCCCAGGUUGUCCUCAUGAGUGGGUUGGCUUCAGAGACAAAUGCUACCACUUCUCCAGGGAGCUGCACAACUUUGACGAUGCAAAGAAAAGCUGUGAUGCCCAGACUGCAUCAAUGGUGAUCAUUAACGAUAUCGCUGAACAGAAAUGGCUGCAGAAGCAGACCUCUGGAAAGGGCUACUUCUGGAUGGGUCUGACAGAUAGGGAGAAGGAGAAUGUUUGGCAAUGGCUGGAUGGAACCGAACCUACCUUCACGAAGUGGAAGCCGGGCCAGCCAGACAACUGGAGCCACGGGCAUGAGAGAGGAGAGGACUGCGCAGGCCUCAUCCACGAGGGACUGUGGAAUGAUUUCUUCUGUGAAGAUCUCAUCAGCUACAUCUGUGAGAAAGCCAUGGAGAGCUCAAAAAGUCCAGGGUUAUAGCACCCUCUGGGGAAGAAGAAAAAGAAGCACAGUUGAGUCAGAGGCGGUGUGGUGAGCUGCAUUAUGUUCCACCCACAAGUGUAACUAGCCCUCUGACACACUUUUGCAUGGAUAUGCUGUAUGGAGA